AUGAUGGCAGCAACACACCUCAUUCGGUCUCUACGACCGGCGACGCGGAAUAGUUUCAAGGCCUUCCCGACCUUGCAGUCGCAAAGCCGAGCAUUUGGAGCAUCAGCACUUCGUGCCGCUGAACGCUUCCCAGGCACGGCGGAAGAACACCGGGAAAUUCAGAAGAAUCGCCCCUUGAAUCAAACUGUUCCGAAUACAACCUCAACGCAGACCAAAGACUUCCCAAAAGUCGGCGCUUCUAGCUCUCCUCCGGAUUUCCUGAGCACUGUCGAUCCGAACUAUAAGCCAGCCGAUCCAUAUACCGGAAAGCUUGAACACUUGACGGGUGGAAGGGAGACUGCGGGCGCUCAAAAACCGGAAUUGGAAGUGGGUGAGAUGGAGGGAAUUACAUUCAAGGUCGAGCCAUUGAAACGGCAAGGCGAAGAUACGAGCACAAUGCGUGCUAGAUUACUAUAUCAAAGCCGGAAGCGAGGUAUUCUCGAGACCGAUCUUUUACUAUCGACUUUCGCCGACGUAUACCUCGGGGAAAUGUCCAAGGAACAAUUACAACAAUACGAUAAGUUCCUCGAUGAGAACGAUUGGGACAUUUACUACUGGGCUACACAAGAGCCCAAAGAGGCCGAAGAGACUGCUUCUUCAUCCGCUGGAGAUGCCGGGUCUGCCGUCAAGGUAGACACCCCGACAGAGGUAUGGAAGCAAGGAGCGGGCAAGACCGGCGAGUGGGCGCAGACGGUUGGAGCAUUUAAGCCCGCCUAUCGCCCUGUGCCUACUCGAUGGGCUGAAUCGGAGAUUUUGGCAUUGGUGAGACAGCACGUGCAAGACAAGAGUGCGGUUGGUUUCCAGGCUGCGAAACAGAAGAAACGAGGAGGUAGCGGGUUGGGUCGGAUGCCGGAUGUGAAGGUGUUUGACUCGUAG